AUGGACCAUGACCUUGUGAUCCACUCGGCCGUGGACGAGAACCACCCCAGCGACAAUGAGUCCCAGAACCAACUUGAGGUUGUGUUCGGUCCCGACUCCAACCACCGCCGCAAAUCGUCCCUUGUGACGAUGGACAAACCGCGGUUCAAAAUUCUCCAAGAUGCCCAUGACAAAACUACAGCUUGCUAUGUUCAUUCCUUAAUUGCAGGAGAAUGGGCAGGCCUCCCCCCUAGACUAGGCGAGACGCAGAGUGUGACACCCACGGUGAAGGAGGAGGAGCCCACUUUUGACGUAAGGUCUCUCCGACAGGAUAAUGUGGCUGCUGUAGUUGACGGUGAAAAUAAGACGCUGAAACCUGUGUCGACUAUCAUACAAUCUAGACAUUUGACAAAACGACAGCUGUCCGAUAUGGCGUGGAAUGUGCGAAAGCUGUCCAAGAAACUGGGUAGCAUCAGACUCAAGCUCACAGUCAAGAAUGUCUUUGUUGUGAGUAAGGCAUAUGAUGAAUCCAUGGUCAGUUUGACGAGGAAAAUUACCCGGUGGCUACUUUCUAAAGAUCGUGAUGCGCCGUAUAACGUUUACGUGGAGAAGCGCAUGGAGACACAUCCAGACUUUGGAAAGUUGCAGUUAUUGCAGGAGGAGCCAACGGCAAAGAACCGAUUGAAAUUCUGGGAUGCGAAGCUUGCACAGGAACAGCCCCAUCUAUUCGACUUUGUCAUUACUCUCGGUGGAGAUGGCACGGUUCUCUACACCAGCUGGCUCUUUCAGCGAAUCGUUCCGCCGGUUCUCUCAUUUUCGCUUGGCUCGUUGGGAUUUCUGACAAAUUUCGACUUCGCCGAUUACAAGAAGAUCUUGGAGACAGCUUUCCGUGAUGGAGUGGUCGUGAGCCUUCGACUACGGUUUGAAUGCACCAUCAUGCGAAGUAAAGCUCGCUCGAAAGAUCCCCAUUCACGGACUCUCACCGGGCGCGACUUGGUGGAGGAGCUGAUCGGGGAAGAGGGUGAGGAUACAUUAACGCAUACUCCAGAUGGAGUGUAUGAGAUUCUCAACGAUGUCGUUCUUGACCGUGGACCAAAUCCAACCAUGUCGCAAAUCGAACUAUUUGGCGACGACGAGCAUUUCACUACCCUUCUUGCAGACGGUAUCUGUAUUGCAACACCAACAGGGUCCACGGCGUACAACCUAGCGGCUGGUGGCUCCCUCUCUCACCCUGAUAAUCCUGUCAUACUUGUCACUGCCAUAUGCGCUCACACUCUAUCAUUCCGCCCAAUUAUCCUCCCCGACACCAUUGUCCUACGUAUGGGCGUACCCUACGACGCCCGAACCAGCUCUUGGGCUAGCUUUGAUGGUCGUGAAAGAGUUGAAUUGUUGCCUGGGGACUACGUAACAGUCUCUGCUUCAAGAUAUCCGUAUGCCAAUGUUCUAGCCCAGGGACGACGCGGCGAAGACUGGGUGCACAACAUUUCCAAGACUUUAAAUUGGAAUUCUCGAACGAAGCAGAAAAGUUUCAAGUAG